GUCAAAUUAAAUUACGGAUGUAAAUAUUGUAUUGCCGUAGUUUUUAUUAUUUCAUUAAUUAUUUAGAAUCUCCUAAUCUCCAAUUUUAUCACUAUAUAAAGUGUUUAAUACAUAUAUGAUGCUUCUUGACACUUAUGAAAAGUAGCAGAUUUCUAAUAAUAAUAUUAACUUAAUGUGAUUAUGAUAACUAGUUUUUAAUUAAACCAUGAAUAGUAAGAUAUUGAACACAAUUGCUAAUGCUAUUGAUAACAGGGAAGAAGUAAAAAAGAGAACAGAGACUGGACAGCAAAUUCUGCGUGAUUUACAAACUUGUGUUGAUAAUUGCAAAAACCGAUUUGGUGGAAAGUCUGAACUUGCAACUGAAGAUGAUUUGAGAAUAGUUCAAUUGUGUGAAAAAUGGGAAAAAACACUUAGUCAUGGGAUCAAAACAAAUUUAUCAAAUUCAACAAUACAGAACUUAGUUUCUGCUGGUUUAAACUUCACAUUUAAUAUUAUUAAUGUUGGCAACUCACUUUGGAGCUAUUGUUGUCUACAUCUGACAAAACAUGAGAAGGAAAGGUUUAAAAUUCUAUCAAAUAUCAACACCCCAUUAGGUUAUUUCAGAGCAUUUAUAAGAGCAGCUUUAAAUGAGAGAUCCUUGGAAAGAUAUUUACAAAGUUGGAUAAGCCAUGGACUUUUAUCAGAAUAUUAUGAAGAAGAUGCCAUAGUCAGAACAAGGGAAGCUAAUUUACUUCCAGAUAUUGCAGCUGGUUUAUCAACAAUAUUAUUUGCUUUAUCAAUAGACAAAGCUGUGCUAAAUGAUUCACAACAAGCAACUCAAACAAUGAAACCGGAGCAUGUCAUUCCCCUGCCCACUCCAAUAAAAGCAUCAGGAAAUGUUAACAGAAAGCCUAUCCGUCAAGUUAUAACAUUUGAGGAACAAAAUGACAGGAGAGAUAAUAAGAAAAAUGAUUCUGUUGCUCAAACUUCUAGUAUGUUAUGGAAUAGUGCUCCUCCAACUUGCCUUAACUCCCCAGACCCAGUGAUAAUUCCUCAGUUAACAUCAGCUAGUGAACCAACAAGUUCCGAAUACAAAAGUGGUAUUCGACACUUCUUUCCCGACAGUGUUAAAGGAAUUGAUAGUCCAUCACAAAUUCUGACCAGAUUGUCGGAAUGUGCUAAAGAAAUCUUUUCAUCUUCCAGUAGUAUAGAUAGGAAUAAUGUGUCCAAAGAUGACAAUGCAUCAGAUUUAAGUGUAAAUUGUUUGAAAAUCUAUGAGAGUGAUAGUGAAGAGGUUGCGGGCAGUAUAGAUGGCAGCACAUCAUGUUUAGAACUUUGUUUUACAGAAGACGAAGGUGCUAGUGAUGAGAAAAGAGUUAGUUCUGUUUUAGAUCAUAGGGAAAAAGAUUACUUAGAUUUACAAAUCAAAUUCAAUCAAUUUGAGCUUAAAAGCAAAGAGAAAGUGCAAAAAUUGGAGAAAACAGUUGGGGAUCUAAACAAAGAAAAUGAAAGACUAAAAGAGCAACUGAGACGUUACAUGUCGGCUGUGGAAUCUGGUAUUGCAUUGAAAAAUGGUAGCGAACAUGAUGAAGAAAUCAAUUCUUAUGAAAAGAAACUUGUGCAAGUUGCAGAAAUGCAUGCAGAACUUAUGGAAUUCAAUCAACAUUUACAAAGACGGCUACAAGAUAUGGAAAGUGCAUCAGGCUUAGAGAUUUUAGAUUACCCUGAGUCAAAUGUAAAAGUAUUUAUGCCAAGUGCAUUUUUAGUUGGAAAGAGAACUCAUUCAUACCAUGUGUAUCAGAUUUUUAUAAAAGUAGGUCUUGAAGAAUGGAAUGUGUAUCACAGAUACGCAAAGUUCCACGAGCUUCACACGCAGCUAAAGAAAUGCCAUCCUGAUAUAGCUAAUUAUAAGUUUCCGCCAAAGAAGACUUUAAGAAAAAGAGAUGCUAACCUGGUGGAGAAGCGGCGGGUGUCGUUGCAGGCGUACCUGCGGCACGUGCUGCUGGUGCUGCCGGAACUGCGCGAGUGCACCAGCCGCGCACAACUCAUCACUUUACUUCCGUUUUUUGGAACCUCUUCGAGUGGUAAAGAAAAUGGUGCAAAUCCAAGUCUGGAUCAACAUUCGAGUGAUUCCAUAUCGACCUAUGACGGACUGUGAUGUCGCAUAUUGAACGAGAUUCAAUAAAUAAAUAAUUAAAAUUGUUUUAGAUGCAAUUAAAAUAGAGGUAAUAUUUAGAUUCGACAAUAUUACAUGCAAGUUAAUUUACUAAAGAGUAACAUGAUGAGCAAUAGCUAAAUACCUUAUUUAAAUUUGUUUUUUUUUUUAUUACAUUCUGCCUGUUUUUUUUAAUGCCGACUAUAAUCUGUAGUUCUGAUCUAUUUUACUUUUUAAACGUUCCACGGCAUUACUUUCUAUCUAAAAUAACAGGCAAAUAAUCAAUAUUAUGGAAUUUGAGUUUAAAUAUUAAUGUAAGUCCUUAUAUUUCAUGAUUUUAAUGUUUAUUGUAAUAUUUCAUAUAACCAUAAGUGAUAUAUAUUUUCUUAUAUCCAAAAUUACAUCUGUGAUAAUAUUUAGUCGGUAAAAAAUGACGAAAGAAUUUUAACGAAGCAAGGAUAUGGUCAAUCGAUUUUUUAUUUAUUCGUAAUUUGUAAUCAAAUCAUUGUAAAGUAUGAAUUAUUCCAUACAUUAAUUUUAUGUUUUAUAAAAUGUAUGUUUUCCAGUUUGUUUACUUAUGUAAGGUUCUCUUUUGUAAUUAAUUUAAUUUGUAAACCUCCAAAUGUGUUGUACACAAUUUGGGGUUCAAAUCUCUUUAUUUAUAACAGUAUUCAUACUUUGAUUCGUAUAGAUAAUUGUAUUCUUAAAUUACGUUGAAAAAGAUAUAAAAAUAACCAUGUCCAUACAUAUAAGCUUAUUUAUAAAGCACUUAGAACUGAAAGUUAUUAUAAUAUACAUUGUCAAAAGUGAUUAA